AUGACGAUGACUGGCCGUGUGCUGCUGGUGUGUGCCCUCUGCGUGCUGUGGUGCGGUGCCGGCGGUGGUGGACGAGCUGAAACAACUUCUCCGGCUUCUCCGGCUUCUCCGGGUAAUACGUCCGACGGGAACACUCAAAACGAAGGAGAGACCACAGGUGUCGCAGGAGAAGUUGUCCAAAACGGUAAACCGGCAGCGCCACAAGCACCAGCACCAACGACGUCAGGAUUACCGGCAGCGCCAGCGAGCCCGUCACCGGCACCACAAUCCGGAGGAGAAGCGUCAGAAACGGCAAGUGCAACGACGGACAACAAGGGUCAAAAUACAGAAGGUAAAAAGAAGGAAGAAAAAAAGGAGGAAGAGGAAGACAAAGAGGAAAAAGAAGAAAACAAAGAAGAGAAAGAGGAAGACAAAGAGGAGAAAAAAAACGAAGAAGAGAGAGAACCUGUUACCGGCACCACGGAGGGGAUCUCAGCAGGCGGUCAAGAGCAGCCAAGUUUAUCUUCUGGUGCGGAGGGAGCAUCGAAGAUAACAAAUCCCAACAGCACACAAACAACUGGGGACGAUGAUCCAGCAGCUGAUGUUGCAGGGACAGCGGAAGGAAAACAAAAUGAAAAUAAAGAACCCAAUCCGAAAGAAACACCAGUGACGGCCACAGCUAUGAAAACUACAACGGCGACGACUGGCGACAGUGACGGCAGCACCGCGGUCUCCCACACCACCUCCCCUCUUUUGCUUCUUCUUGUUGUUGCGUGUGCGGCUUCUGCUGCGGUGGUGGCCGCGUGA